AUGGCCAAUCCCCAUGAAUAUGCAAUAGAGCGAGCACUGGAAGCCAUCGAGCAUGGUAUGAGUGAGAAAAAAGCUUGUCUGGAGUUUAAGGUUAGCAGUGGAACGAUUCAAGGUCGUCGAGCAGGAGCCUCUACCUCUUGUGAAAGUCAUACCUUCAUGCAACACUUAACAGCCAACCAGGAAGAUGCUCUUGUCGCAUGGAUAUUAGAGCAAGAAGAGAGGGGCUUUGCACCUUCCCAUACCCGUGUUCGCAAGAUGGCAGAAAAGAUCAUAGAGUCUGGUGGGAGGAGCAUCAUGAUUGGAAAGAGUUGGGUGCCGCGGUUUUUGUUACGACAUCCAAACGUCGCUACACUUUUGGGCAAGCCAAUUGAUUCGAAGCGAAUUCGUAGAACCCAACCAGGACUUAUGAGGCAGUUCUUCAAUCAAUUCAAUACUGUA